CGCUCUUCCUGCGCCUCGGUCUGUGUGUAGAGAAGAAGACAUGGCGUCACGACUCUUCACAGACAGUGCAGCAGCAGGUGAAGAAUGAAGAGCUACGGGAUCAACUCACACCUGUUUUCUGCCUGACUGAGUGUUGAGAUGGAAAUCAUGGCUGUGAAUCUGCUGGCCACGUCUCCGUCCACCUCCACGCUCCCUCCCUCUCCCUGUGAGGAGGACUCCUUCCCUCUGUCUUCUCUGGACAGCGAGGACUACGUGUUUGUGGAAGCGCGGCAUCCCAACAAAGUGCUGGAAGGCUUGAACAGCUUACGGCUCAAUAACGCCUUCUGCGACGUGACCCUGUGCUGCGGAGGACAAGAGUUUCCCUGCCACCGUAUCGUACUGGCCUCCUUCAGCUCUUAUUUCCAGGCCAUGUUCUCCACCGACCUGAUGGAGUCUCGUCAGGAGCGUGUGGCCAUCAACGGAGUGGAGCCGCAGAUGAUCGGGAUGCUGGUGAGCUACGCCUACACGGCGGAGGUGGUGAUCUCCAGGGCUAACGUGCAGGCGCUCCUGGCGGCCGCCAACCUGCUGGACGUGAUGGCGGUGCGGGAGGCCUGCUGCAGGUUCAUGGAGCGACAGAUGGACGAGAUGAACUGUGUGGGCAUUCACUGCUUCGCCGAGGCGCACUCGUGCCGAGAGCUGGAGCGACGCAGCAUGGAGUACAUCCAGCAGCACUUCAGAACCGUUUGCCAACAGGAGGAGUUUCUGUCUCUUUGUGCCGAUAAACUGACUGAGAUCAUUUCCAGUGACCAUCUGAACGUGCCAAAAGAGGAGACGGUGUUUGAGGCGGCCGUUGUCUGGCUGGAGAAGAACACCUCGCGCAGACAGAGCUUCGAGAAGGUUCUGGAGCACAUCAGGCUGCCCCUCAUCAGUCCGUACUACAUUCACGACGUCAUCGAGACUCUGGACGUUGUGAAGGAGUCGAUCAGGUGCCAGAAGCUGAUCUCUGAAGCCAAGGACUAUUUACUGCUGCAGGACCGCAGAGGAGAGCUGUACAGCCCCCGAGCUCGACCUCGACGGGCAACAGGCACGGCCGAGGUGAUCGUGACUGUAGGAGGUGAGGAUGAUAAGGUGGUGCUGCGCAGCGUGGAGAGUUUCGAUCCCCUCACCAGACAGUGGAAGAGUCUGGCCUGCCUGCCCUUCGCUGUCAGCAAACACGGUUUAGUGGUGUCCGGCUCCAUGCUGUAUUUGGCUGGCGGUGAGUUUCCAGACGGCUCGGCCAGUAGAGAGAUGUGGCGCUACGACCCGUGCUUUGACUCCUGGUCAGAGAUGGCACCCAUGAACGUGGCUAGAUCAGAACUGGGAUUGGUGAUGUUGGAUGGAUAUGUGUUUGCUGUGGGCGGCUGGGAAGGCCGUUCUCGCCUGGACUCUGUUGAGUGUUAUAAUCCACAGACAAACACAUGGCAGUUCAUGGACUCGGUCAAGAUGGCGGUCACUAGUCCAGCUGUGGUGGCGCUGGAUGGAUUACUCUAUGUGACAGGAGGUGCUGUUUUAGAAGAUGGCGACGGCACAAACAUGGCACAGGUGUACAACCCUAAAACAUGUGUGUGGACCGAGGUGGCCCCCAUGCAGAUCGCUCGCUCUGGAUCUGCUGCCUGCGUCCUGAAGGGCAAAAUAUACGUGAUAGGUGGCUGGCAUGCUUCCACCGAGAAUACAGAUAAGGUGGAGUGCUACAACCCCAAGACCAACAGGUGGACCAUGUGUGCUCCCAUGAAGGAGAGACGCUAUCGACCCGGCGUGGCGGUGGUGGAUGGGAAGAUUUAUGUUUUAGGAGGAGAGGAGGGAUGGGACAGGUAUCAUGACACUAUAGAGCGGUACUGUGAGGAAUUGGACCGCUGGGAGAUCGUGGGAGAGAUGCCCACCAGCCGCAGCUGGCUGAGCUGUGUCUCCCUGCAGCUCCGGAAGGACACUCACACGGGCAGCGAUCCUGGCGCUGCAGCCGAGACAGAGUUUCCCGUGGACUGAGAGAACCAGGGCUCCUGUAUCACUGCCGGCCGGGACAGAAGGCCAGGGGGCCCACGGCUCCAUCACAG